AUGCGCGAAAGUUGUCGGGUUAGCUCCCGGGGAUUCGCACUGGGGAUUCAGCUAGAGCAGGGCCCCGGAUUCCUAGUCGCCAUGGCGUACAUGGACCCCGGCAACCUUGCCAGUGACAUAAACCAGGGUGCCGUGGUCGGCUACUCCAUCACCUGGGUCACCGUGUGGUCCACUGUGUUGGGCUUCAUCAUGCAGAUGGUCGCCGCCCGGCUGGGCAUGACCACCCGCCAGGACCUGGCCCAGCACGUCCGGGCCGAGUACAACAGCACUACCCGCACCCUACUCUGGAUAUUUGUGGAGGUGGGCAUCCUCACCUGCGACAUGGUGGAGGUGAUCGGCGGGGCCUGCGCCCUCAGCGCCCUCAGCGGCGGUGCCAUCCCCAUGUGGGCGGGGGUGCUCAUCACGGGGGCCACCGCCUUCAUGUGCUUGGCCCUGGAGAGCGUGGGCAUGCGCUACCUGGAGUUCUUGCUCAUGCUCUUCAUUGCCUGCAUGAGCGGCACCUUCCUCUACCUCUUUGUCGACACCCACGUCGACUACAUCGCCACGCUCAAGGGUAUUGCGAUCCCGCUGGUCCCUGAUGGCACCAUCCAAUAUAUUGCGGGCACGGUGGGGGCAACCAUCAUGCCGCACAACCUCUACCUCCACUCCGCCCUCAUGAUUGCACGGUCCAAGGAGUCGAAGGUCACACACGAGCGCGCCCUCACAUACGUGAAGAUAGAGACAGGCAUCGGCCUCUUCAUCUCCGUGCUCAUCAACAUCUUUGUCAUCGCCGUGUUUGCCAGCGCCUUCUACACCUCCACCGGGGCAGCCAAUGUCGGGAUUGGAAAUGCGGGCGCGCUGCUGGGAGCCAGUUUCGGCGCCGGAGUUCGCAUCAUCUGGGGAGUGGGCCUGCUGGCGGCUGCCAAUGCAUCCACGGUGACCUCCACCUACGCCGGACAGGUGGUCAUGGACGGCUUCAUGGGGUGGAAGGUGAAUAAGUGGUACCGUGUGGCCGGGACACGCCUGCUGACCCUGGGACCCACUCUCUGCAUCGCGACCCUCCUCAGAGGGGCAGACCAGUCCCUCACCUCGCUGACCAACUGGUUGAACAUUGCACAGAGCCUGGUGCUCCCCUUUGUGGUAAUUCCGACGAUCGUCAUCUGCUCCAAGUCCCGAGUGAUGGGGCCGGAUGCACUGUCCGGCUGGUUCUUUAUCUUUAUGAUCCUCUUCACGCUGGUCCUGGUGGCGAUGAACGGGUACCUGGCCGUGGACUUCAUUCUGGCCGUCUUCCCAGACCAGGCAGGCCUUUUCUCGGGAGGGAAGAGGGGGAAAGAGCCAUGGGGAAAGGCCGUCUUUUCCAUUAUCGUCAUCCCAUACGGUGUCUUCAUGAUUGUCCUCGCCCUUGGGCAAGAGAGAAUGGCUGCGUGGGCAGGGGCGGUGAGCACCAGUGUCAAGCACAUGUUUGCUGCAGCACAGGCUCCCAUUCCCAAGCCGACCACAAUGGAGGAGGCGGACAAGGACAGCGAUGCCAUCAAAGAUGAGCCGUCUCCUGCCAAGGACGCCCUGGCUCAGCUGGCUGCCCAGCUGGGGGGUGCGGGGCUGGGCGAGGCGGGCGAGGACGCGGCCGAUGGCCCCGAAAUGGGCUCCUUUGUGGACUCCAUCAUGAACCAGCUGCUGAGCAAGGAUGUGCUGUACGAGCCGCUGGUGGAGAUCGGGGCAAAGUACCCCGACUGGCUGGCGGCGCACAGGGACGAGCUGCCGGCGGAGGAGCUGGAGCGGUACGGGAGGCAGUACGAGCACAUCCAGCGCCUGCUGAAGCAGUACGAGACGGAUCCAGAGGACUUUGGGGCGCUGCUCGACCUCCUCCAGCAGGCACGCAAAAAGUUGAUGCAAGCCUGUGGCCAGCCUCCCAAGGAGAUCGUGGACGAGCUGGCGCCGGGAGGGGAAGGGUUGGGCGCCGAAGGGUUCCCUCUCUUUGGAGGGGGGGCAGAAGGGAGCCCGCAAGGUCCUGGAGACUGCUGCGUGCAAUGA